ACAGGAUAUCCAUAUUGAGGAUAAAUUAAACUAUAGGCUACAAGAGAGAAAAUCAAUAAUGGGAAAGAGUAAGGUUCUAGUUGUGGGGGGUACUGGGUAUAUUGGGAGGAGAAUAGUGAAGGCAAGUUUAGAACAAGGUCAUGAAACCUAUGUACUUCAACGUCUAGAUAUAGGGCUUGAAACUGAGAAGGUGCAAAUGCUUCUUUCAUAUAAGAAACUAGGUGCUCAUCUUGUGGAAGGUUCUUUCUCUAAUCAUCAAAGUUUGGUAGAUGCUGUGAAACUAGUUGAUGUUGUUAUUUGCACCAUGUCUGGAGUUCAUUUUCGAUCUCACAACUUGAUGUUGCAACUCAAACUUAUUGAGGCCAUCAAGGAUGCAGGGAACGUCAAGCGUUUCCUACCUUCAGAAUUUGGGAUGGACCCAGCUCUCAUGGGACAUGCACUUGAACCAGGAAGAGUCACAUUUGAUGAUAAAAUGGCUAUAAGGAAAGCAAUUGAGGAUGCCAAAAUCCCUUUCACUUACAUCUCCGCCAACUGUUUCGCGGGCUACUUUGCCGGCAACCUCUCUCAAAUGGGAACACUCUUUCCACCACGAGACAAGGUUGUUCUCUAUGGCGACGGUAAUGUCAAGGUUGUUUAUAUGGAUGAAGAUGAUGUUGCAACAUACACAAUUAAGACAAUUGAUGAUCCUCGAACAUUGAACAAGACAAUAUAUAUAAGGCCACCAGAAAACAUCCUCACUCAAAGAGAGCUAAUUGAGAAAUGGGAGAAACUUAUUGGAAAGCAACUUGAGAAGUCUACCAUAUCCGAACAAGAUUUUCUUUCUUCCAUGAAAGGUUUGGACCUUGCAGGCCAAGUAGCAGUGGGGCAUUUCUAUCAUAUUUUCUUUGAAGGGUGUUUGACAAAUUUUGAACUGGAGGAUGGAGAAGAAGCAUCAAAGCUUUAUCCAGAGGUGCAAUACACACGCAUGGAUGAAUUUCUAAAAGCAUAUGCGUGACGAGAUUAUUUAUAUAAUAUAAGCAUGAAAUUAUGUACUUUUUAUUCUUCAAAUAAAAGAGUAAUCAUGGUUAUCAUGUUAUAUAAUGAAGUAAUUGAGGGGAAAGAACUUAGAUAAUAAAGUAUUGGGCUUAAUUAUUGGCUAUUUAUAUUAGUAAGUUAGAGUCAUUAAGUUUUAUUAUAUACUCUCUUAUAACAUUUUUGUAAUGUUAAGCUAUUGAUUUUUAUGAAACCUUAGCCGUCUUUGUUAUUCA